UUUCAGAUCGGUAUGUUUUUUCACGGGUUCUGGUAAUGCGAAGUAUCUUACGUCAUUAUGAAUUACUUUUUCCGUACAAUCCUUCAAAAGCAAUUUCAGCUCUCGAAUAGACAGGCGAAAAUUGUUUACCGCAAUUUUUUAUCUGCAUCAAAAAAUCCGAAAACAUCAAGGAGUACCUUAUGGAAACGCGUAAGUGGACAGCUUCGGAGCUGCUUCCACCCCGGUGCAAGCAGUUUGGUGCCAAUGGCGGGCCGGAAUAUAUUACCGAUUUACUUGUCGAUUACUUGUCGAUUUACCGAAAAGUAUUUACCAAUUUGUGCAGUUUUCCCUCGGCAAACAAAUAUCGACAGCAGAACUGGUGAAAACAAUGUUACAGUCUGUUUGGCCAAAAGGGAAUUGGAAAAUCCGACGACUUUACAUCUAUUCCAUGGCUCUUCUUAUUGUGGCGAAGGUAGGUUGAAGUGCCCCUGCAUUUCUUUAUCUUCUUCAUAUGAAACCGAUUCACUUCAGGUGCUGAACGUUUAUGUACCGUUUUUGCUGAAGAAUAUAAUUAACUAUUACAACGAAGUGGCACCAACCGAUCUUCAGCUGUCAGCUGAUAGUUAUAGUAGCAUGUUUGGAAUUGCGGCAUUCUCAGUUAUUAUAACUUAUGGUGCCGCACGUAGUGGUUCUGCGUUAUUUAAUGAGCUUCGAAACGCAGUAUUUGCACGGGUUGCACAGUAUAGUAUUCGUAGCAUUGCGCGGCAAAUUUUCCUUCACUUGCAUUCGUUGGAUUUGUCAUUUCAUUUAAGCCGUCAAACAGGCGGUAUGUCGAAAGCGUUAGAUCGAGGUACUCGAGGUAUGGCAUUCGUACAAAGUGCGCUGGUAUUUAAUGUGAUACCUACAGCAAUUGAAGUUGGCAUGGUUUCAGGAUUGUUGUUCGUCAAUUGUGGCCCAUCGUUUACAUUUGCAACAUUAGGUUGUCUUUCAACUUAUACUAUUGCGACGCUGGGAAUCACCAAAUGGAGGACUAAAUUCCGGCAUCAGAUGAACCAGGCAGAUAACGAUGCGAGUAGUCGUGCUAUCGACUCGUUAAUUAAUUAUGAAACUGUGAAGUAUUUCAAUAAUGAAAAUUUUGAAGCGGAUCGGUAUGAUUUUUUCCUGAAGAAAUAUGAAAUAGCGGCUUUGAAGACGAGCACAUCGUUGGCACUUUUGAAUUUUGCGCAGAAUGCAAUAUUUAGCGGAGGUCUUGUAGCUGUCAUGUGUUUAGCAGCAGCAGAAAUCCAGAAAGGCACAAUGAAUGUCGGCGAUCUUGUCCUUGCUAAUACGUUAUUGUUCCAAUUAUCAGUGCCAUUAAAUUUCCUUGGUUCAGUAUAUCGGGAAAUAAAGCAAGGAUUGGUGGAUAUGCAGCUAAUGUUUUCAUUACUGUACUUAAAGAGCAGUAUAACUGAGAAACCAAACGCACCACCUCUGAAAGUUCAUGCAGGAAAUGCGUCCAUAUCGUUUAGAAAUGUUACAUUUGGCUAUCUUCCGGGACAGCACAUAUUGAAAGGCUUAAAUUUGGAUAUUCCUUCUGGUAAAAAAGUAGCUAUAGUGGGUAGCAGCGGCAGCGGUAAAUCAACUAUUGUUCGGCUUUUAUAUCGUUUAUUUGAUCCGAUGGAUGGCGAAAUUUGUGUUAACGGUCAAAAAAUUUGUGAUGUCCAACUCGAAAGUUUGAGAAAAAUGAUUUCCGUUGUACCUCAGGACUCAGUUCUUUUCCAUGAUACUGUAUACUACAAUAUACAGUAUGGAAAUCCGACUGCAUCCAAGGAAGAGAUUUUCUCUGUGUCGAGAUUAGCAAACUUACAUGAUUCGGUGAUUCGAUUCAAAAAUGGUUACGAUACAGUUGUUGGCGAAAGAGGCUUGAAGUUAAGUGGAGGAGAAAAGCAACGGGUUGCAAUUGCUCGAGCAUUACUUAAAAAUGCUCCUAUUAUAGUUUAUGAUGAAGCAACUUCAUCGUUGGAUGCUUUGACGGAGGAAAAUAUUAUGAGUUCUAUGCGAAAUGCUGUGCAGCAACGUACGUCAUUGUUCAUUGCACAUCGUUUAGCUACAAUUAUUGAUGCUGAUAUCAUCUAUGUGCUGGAAAAUGGAAAAGUGAUAGAAAGUGGAUCUCACUUCGAACUACUUGCAAAACCUGAUAGCCGUUAUUCUGAUCUCUGGAAAUCACAGCAUAAAUAUUCUGAAGUAGUACAACCGAAACAACCAAACUCUCAUAAGCAUGGGUCGGAACAUUUGCAUCUAAAAUCUUUCGACAAUCACCGUAACGAUGGCUGCUGUAGGUCAGGUGGCGGUUGUAAACGUUGAAACGUUUAGAAAUAGCUUGUUACUACUUGAUUUUUCUUCUUCAUACUGUGCACCGGAAUGAAUGCGAUCAGUUUUUUAAUUUUUCUUUUUUUAGAAAUAUUUUUGGUGAUUUGUGGAAAACUUUAAGAGUUAC